GGAACGUGGGCCUGUUGGGAGGGAUGAGGGUAAAGUCGUCAUUUCCAUAGUCGAUGAGAUCUAGGGCUUAUAUAAUUUUUGCUGCGGCUUCUUCGUCUUCUCUUUCGCUUCCAGCUUUGCCGUACUCCGGAGUGUUCUCGCAACCUUAAUCGCAAAUGGCGUCGGAGAAGAAGCUAACGAACCCAAUGAGGGACAUAAAAGUGCAGAAGCUGGUGCUCAACAUCUCCGUCGGCGAGAGUGGAGAUCGUCUCACCAGAGCCUCCAAGGUCUUGGAACAGUUGAGUGGCCAGACUCCUGUUUUCUCCAAAGCAAGGUACACUGUUCGUUCUUUUGGUAUCAGACGUAACGAGAAGAUUGCUUGCUACGUUACCGUCAGGGGAGAUAAAGCUAUGCAGCUACUUGAAAGUGGACUCAAGGUUAAAGAGUAUGAGCUCUUGAGAAGGAACUUUAGCGACACUGGUUGCUUUGGUUUCGGUAUCCAGGAGCACAUUGAUCUUGGUAUCAAGUAUGACCCGUCCACUGGAAUCUACGGUAUGGACUUCUAUGUUGUUCUUGAGCGUCCUGGUUACCGUGUGGCGCGUCGCAGAAGAUGCAAGACUCGUGUUGGGAUCCAGCACAGAGUCACGAAGGAUGAUGCCAUGAAGUGGUUCCAAGUUAAAUACGAAGGAGUCAUUCUCAACAAGUCUCAGAACAUUACUGGUUAAACAACAAAAUUGUCUCAGUUAGAGAGAUCUGUAAUCUGUGUGUUUUGUCCACCCCUGGUUUGAGUCGUAUUUUAUCAGUUUUGUUUUUUGCUUCUUUGUUCUUCAGACAUUUGAGUUUUCUUUUUAGACAUUGCCUAUCUACAAUGAUUGCCAUCAAAACAGGUGUAAGCUGAGGUAAAACACAGUCCAGGAUCUAAUUAUUUCUUUUCGAACUA